AUGGCCAAUGAAAUCUCUGGAGCACAGUCAUUAGACGAUUAUCACGUGUCUUUCGAUUCAUUUCAUUCAGGUGAAACUCCCAAAACAGCAUCUGACGCCACAAAGUUUUUUCUUAUUGAUGCAAAUGAAGUUCUAAAUACUCCAACUGCAAUAUCUAAGACUUCAAGUUCAGGGGGAUUGUUUUUUGCCGAUGAUUUUCACAAACGUCUACCUGUCCUCAACUCACUUCCAAAUGACCACCAUUCUUCAGUAGCAGUAGAAUGCGAACAUCCUAAUGCAACCGAUAAUACUGAGAAACCUGGUGUUCCACAUGCAAAUCCUGAGAUUUUACAAACAGAAAACUUGUUUAUACCCCAAUUUGGAUUAAAUCAGCAAUCAGAAGUUAACACAUCAACUGGGUCGUCUGUGUUAUAUUUAAACCAUCUUUCUCCUGAUAGUACUACAGCAAAAAUUGAUUCUGUGCCUGUUUCAUUGAAAUUGGAAUCAGGUGAUAAUACUGCAGCGUCUUUCCAAGCAGUUAUUACUAAAGCUGAUAAUAAUGCUACUGUUGGACUGAAUGAUUUGCCACUCUUAACUAGUGCAUUAUCAAAUCUUGAAAACACGUGCAUCACUGUUGAUCAGACGGCUGUUUCACAGUCGAAUUACCUGACAAAUAGAUCUACUACUACAACCGCCAGUCUACCGACGAUAUCUAGCGCUGUUAUCCUUAGUAAUGUUGGCCUUACACAAAAUCCUUGUUUGUCUGUUUCGGCAGACACUAAUCCUGUUUCCGGAAUAGCUUUUUCAACUAGGAAUCAGCCUCCUUACAUACCAGCCCCACUUGUUCUUGGAAACGGGCUAACACUAACCACAUUGUUGACUGCUGAGAACAGCAGUGGUCUUCUAACACCUACAACUCCCAACACUGCUUUCUUGCCACUUCUUGCAUCCCCUGGUCCCGGAGGUUUUUAUACACCUGGAGUGUUAACUGGUCUAGCUAAUCCGACAGGUACUUUUUCAUUUCUAUCCCCCGUUCCUAACCUAUUGGCAAGUGGUAAUGCGGAAGCAGCUAAUAUUUCCAUCGGUGGGAGUUUCGCACAGACUUCUGUUACAGCGGAUACUAUAGUCAAGCAAGAACAUAUGUGCUUCACUGACACAGUAACAGUUGAUGAUGGUUUAAUCAAUACAACACAUAAAUCCGUUAUAAAUAAUCCUCCUGAAUGUGCACCUGAUACAACGGUUGUCACUGAAGAUGACGUUGGUGAUAAUGAGUAUUUAUCUAAAUCCACGCUGAAAGGUGCUGGUAUCUCAAGGAGGCGCAAAUCGACAACUCGUAAUAAGAGUCGAAUAGUUAGAGGAGAAUAUGGAGUUCAUUCUGAAAUAGAAAUUCAGGCAGGAAUAACAUCUAGUAUACCUGAAAGAAUAUCAGAAAAGCCUCACAAAUGCACUUCAUGUAACAAAUGCUUCUCACGAUCCGAUGAACUUACAAGACAUGCAAGAAUUCACACUGGUGCUAAACCUUUUAAGUGUGCUGAAUGUCAAAGGGAAUUUUCGCGUUCAGAUCAUCUAACUACACACAUGAGAACACACACUGGUGAACGACCAUUCGUUUGCGAUAUAUGUGGUCGCAGUUUUGCUCGUUCUGAUGAACGUAAGCGUCAUACAAAAGUGCAUCAAAAAAGUAAUCAAAAACUUCCUAACUGUGACUUGAAAGUGAAUGUAACUAAAAGUCCAAUAACUUCAACCUCUGAUCCUAAGACAAACUGUGGCGAGAAACGUAGCGUCCCACAAGCGACAAAAUGUUACGACACAGCUAAAAAUCCUCGUAAACUGAAAAUAGAUCUGGCAGAUAGCUCUACUUUUCAGUCUAAACCUAUAAGUGUGGAAAAAGUAAGUGUACUUAACGAUGGAAUCAGUGUUAAUCAACCUGUCCCAGAACAAAGAUUACUUCUCGCUACUUGUGAUUCUCAUCCCGGGCAGCUUACUUUACAUGCUUUCCCUAGUGCUACAGGUUUAGGUGGUUCCAGUGUCAUAUCGCCCCACUCGCAAUUAGUCUUUGCAGCUUUGCCUUCUAUGUCACUCUCCGCAGUUCCUAUUUUGAGUCAAGUUAACACUGAGAUUGCAAACACUUUCAAUCUUGCCACCGGAACAUUUGCUACACAACCUCAUGGUCACUUUUUGGCAAUGUCAUCGACACCACUGUCGAGCUGUAUUUCUAAUUCUUCAACUGAAGGUAAUAUAGUGGUAUCACAGAACCAAUCUGUUUCUUCAGUCUCCCCAAGCUUUGCGUUAUUAUCUACCAUCCCAUCACAGCAUCAAAAUGAAAUGAGCACAGAAUGUGUGCAUGGUACUUCCAUGAACAAUGUGAUAUCAUCGACGUGCAUCACAACACCGACCAUGCCGAAUUGUUACACUAUCCGUGCUUCACUUUUUCCCCAACCAGUUCAAACAUAUCCUUCCGGAUUUCACCAUUCUCAAACUUCGCCCUAUUUCACUGCUAUAGCCUGUUCUCCGGACGGCCUGACUGCUAAUCAAGCUGGCGCAUUUUUCGCUCCUAUGAUAGCUCCCACUCAGUUACCCGCUAAUACGACUGUUUCAGGCACCGAUCUCCCUACCAGCUUCCAUCCAGCACAAGCUAAUCUUCAGCCGGAAUUUGUAGCUACAGCUGAUGGUGUUUCUCCUACCAGUUUACUUACAGGCACCCCAACAUGUAUUUUUAUUACUCCGAAUCCGUAA